CAGAUAAGUUCAUGUAGCGGUUUCAAGACACUGGUGCACACUGAGACCAAGUUUUCCAGUGGUCUUUGGGCCACUGGUGUUGGGCUUUGCCUGUGUGCACAUCACAAAUUUGUUCGACCUGUUGGUGUUGGAGACUUGCAGAAGGGCUAA